AUGUCGCUAAUAGAAGACAAGUGUUGGGCAGCGUUUGAGAAAGGAGAUCAUAAAGAAGCUGUUCACUUACUGCCAUUAGUGAAGAAACCAAAUAAAAUUAGAAGAGAAAACCGGUGGGGUAAUGUUACUCUACUUAAUUUCUCUUCAAUGAAUGGCUGGUUAGAUGUUACAAAAGAUCUCAUCACUAAAUAUCACUUUGAUCCACACAAAAGAGAUGGUUUAGGUUGCACUUGUCUUCAUUGGGCUGCAGACAGUAAUCAAGUUGAUGUGUUGAGAUAUCUCAUUGAUGAGUGUCACUGUAAUCCAAAGGUUCCUGGUGAGUAUGGAGAUACCGUUCUUCACAGUGUAGCUGCUAAUGCAGGAUCGCUUGAUUUUAUGAAGUACUUGAUCAGUCAUCAUCAAUGUGAUCCAAUGGCUACAACCAAUUGGGGUAUGACUGUUCUUCACCGUGCUGCCGAACACAUAGAUAUUGUAAAGUAUCUCAUUAAUGAGUGUCACUGUGAUCCAAAGGCCACUACCAAGGAUGGUAUGACUGUUCUUCACUGUGCUGCUGGACACAUUGAUAGUGAAGUGAUUCAAGUAACUGAAAAAUUCAACACAACAUUAGCUGCAGUAAAGCUACAUCUAGAUAUCACAUAUCUUGUUACUAUCAUUGAAGAGCUAACAAUACUCAAUCAAAUGGAUUGUACUAAAUGGUUUCAGUUUGGACUUCAUUUAGGAUUGUAUGAUCCUAGACUAAAGGCUAUAGAAACUGACUAUAGAGGAAAGACAGUGGAGUGUUUCUGUGAGUUUUCAAGCUAUGUUGUUAUUGGUAUAGACUUAGUAUGA